GAUCUUGCUUGUGAAUGUCCUUGUUUUCCUUCUUAUGCUCAGAGACCUCUACUCUCAUUGGUAGAGUGAUCAGAGUGGAGACAUCCCACUCCCACCGAGGGGAUACUUCGUUCUUAGCACCAGUAUAAGGCGUAUAGACAUUACUUUGUAUUAGAGGAAGGAAAUCUACAGGUAUAAUGAUUAAAUUGUUCAAAGUUAAGGAGAAACAGAGGGAACUUGCUGAAAAUUCUAAUGGGAAGCCUCCAGUUAAGAAGCAAAGUGCAGGCGAGUUGCGUCUUCACAAAGAUAUAAGUGAACUAAACCUACCCAAGACAUGUAGCAUAUCGUUCCCAAAUGGGAAAGAUGACCUCAUGAACUUUGAAGUAACUAUCCGGCCUGAUGAUGGAUACUACUUAGGUGGCACAUUUACGUUUACCUUCCAGAUUUCGUCCAUCUAUCCGCAUGAGGCACCAAAAGUCAAAUGCAAAACAAAAGUUUACCAUCCCAACAUUGACUUGGAUGGAAAUGUGUGCCUUAACAUUCUUCGUGAAGACUGGAAACCGGUCCUAAACAUAAACACCAUCAUUUACGGCUUGUAUCAUCUAUUCACGGAGCCGAAUCAUGAGGAUCCACUGAACCGAGAAGCAGCUGCAGUGUUGAGAGACAACCCAAAGAUGUUCGAGUCAAACGUGAGAAGAGCAAUGGCAGGUGGGUAUGUUGGGCAGACAUUCUUCACCAGGUGCAUAUAAACUGUUGCACAACCACAGCAGAAAUAAGGUGGAUGGUGGUGUUGUGGUUGCCAAAAUGUGUGGAUCCAAAACUCUGGGUCUUUUUGCAAAUUGGGGAAGAGGGGGUUGAGUUGUUUAUUGCAAAAUGAUCUGUUUGUAUGCUCUUAUGUGUCUGUCACUGUGUCUUUCUGAUGGCAUUAUUUAGGGUCACUUGUUAUGUAAAACUCUUGUGUUUCUGGGAAGAUAAAGAAUCUGCUGUUUUUAUUCAUUG